GCGGUGACUGGUGAACAAACCUUUUCUUCUCGAUUUUGAUUCGUUUCGUCUUCGAUGAGAAAAGCUCCCUUCUUCUUUUAUCUUCUCAACUCAAAAAGGGUUUUCUCAUAACUGUUUCAAAGUCUGUCUCUGUUGUUUUUUCCUCGCUGUCUCAUUGUUUGUGAACACUUGUUAGAUCUGUGAAUAGUCGGAGUCAAUGUCGGAUCCAUCUCGAUUCCGGUCCGAACGAGACUUACGAUCGGUUCUUGGACCAACCGGGAACAAGAUGCAGAGUAAACCGCCGGGGAUGAAACUUGAGAAUAAGAAGAAGAAGACGAUCGAGUCAACAGAAGAGAAAACGAAGAAAAAAACAGAUACUCCAGCUUCACCAACGACGACUCUGAAGCAAUGCUCUUCGAUUCUGAGACGGAACAGUGCUUCCAUGACUGCUUCUUAUUCCUCUGAUGCCUCCUCUUCUUGCGAGUCCUUGCCUUUGAGCGUGGCGUCUUCUUCUAGCUGUAAGAAGUCCGUGAGGCGAAGUGGGUCUGUCUCAUCCUCCUCUGGUAUAUUGAGAAGGAAGCAGGUUGAUGAGAAAGAAGACAAGGUUGCUGCUGCUCCUAGUAAUGGUGAUUGCUUCGCUGAUGGUCGAAAAAGAUGUGCCUGGAUCACUCCUAAAUCUGACCCACUCUAUGUUGCUUUCCACGACGGAGAAUGGGGAGUUCCUGUUCAGGACGACAAGAAGCUUUUCGAGUUGCUAUGUCUCUCUGGUGCUCUAUCCGAGCUCUCUUGGACCGACAUUCUCUCCAGAAGGCAAUUACUCAGGGAAACUUUCAUGGACUUUGAUCCAGUUGCUGUUUCAGAACUAAACGAGAAAAAGCUAACCUCUGCCGUUUCCUUACUAUCAGAGGUCAAGAUACGUUCCAUCCUCGAUAACUCACGUUGUGUGCGCAAGAUAAUAGCUGAACAUGGAUCUUUCAAGAAAUACAUGUGGAACUUUGUGAACCACAAGCCUUCACAGAGCCAGUUCAGGUAUCAAAGACAAGUCCCUGUGAAGACAUCAAAGGCUGAGUUUAUAAGCAAAGAUCUUGUACGCAGAGGCUUUCGCAGCGUCAGUCCAACGGUUGUUUACUCUUUCAUGCAAGCAGCUGGUCUUACGAACGACCAUCUCAUAGGCUGCUUCAGAUACCAAGAGUGUUGUGGAGUUGCAGAGACAACAACAACCAAGGCCAAGAAGAAGAACGAGAGUGAUAAAUAAAUUAUAUAUUUUGAGUUCCAUGUUGUUUGCAUUCAAAGAUUAUUUGUCACAACGAGAUUUUGCUACAUCCUUUUUGCCUUUGGCGUUGUAUAGAUGUUUUUUUGUGCUAAUAUAUUCAAUGACGAAAUGUGAGUAUGAAAUUUG